AUGAAAGUGUGGCGCCAUUUGUGCUUGUAGCAGCACCGUGGCUUAACUUGAAAACAAAGCGCAAACUAAUUAUAAUGACAACCAAAAAGAAGCGCUCGGCACAAACAAGUCAUGACAGCUGGGUUGUCAUCGCUGCAGAUUCUGCCUUGGACAAGACAAAGCUACAUGAUUGUGACCCAACAUUCGUCAGGCUCAGGAACCCCGCUACAGGUGCUGCUUCCCAAUACUUGUUCAGUAGUGGAGAUGUGCGGCUGUAUGAGGUGAAGGCAUUUGUUGAAGAUUUUCACUCCUGGUUUAUCGACCAAACAGUUCAAAGAGAUGGCAGACUGCUGUACGUGACUCCUAUGGAUCCACUGUUCUUGUUGUUGCCUUACCUACAAAGCGGUGCAGCAGAGGGGAAGUUCCAGCCACUGCAGCAGUUAGUCAUGGAUGAGGAUUAUCCAGUGUGCGCAAGACUGCUGAAAUGCACACAGGCUCUGAACACACUUCAUCAUGUGGCAGACGAGAAAGUGGUGAGCAGUCAGAAAUUCCACAGAUAUAACCAAGAGAAGACCAUGGACUGGCUGAAGAAAAAGGUUUUGAACACAGUGAGUGCGCUUAAAAAGAGUGACAUUUCUGUAGGUGGAGGAGUGAAAUCCACCACUUAUGUGCGAGUUAAACAGGAGACAUGCGUGACUGAAGAAGAUUAUCUGCGUUAUGCUCACGGACUCAUUUCGGAAUAUAUCAGCGAAGAGCUGAGCAAAGAUCUGCACAGUCAUCUGCAGUUACCUGAAAUAUCCAGCCCUAAAGAGGUCGAGCCUCCCUCGAAGAAAAGGAAAUUGUCAGAUAAACCAGUGGAGGCAGGGGAGGACUACACCAAAUUCAACAGUGCUGACUUCGCCCGAAAACCCCCAAAGAAGCUGACAGCUGCUCAGAAGACACUUGCUAAAGUGGACAAAACUGGCAUGAAGAGCAUGUCUUCAUUCUUUAGCCCUAAAGUCAAACAGGAGAAGUGAGUGUGUGUAUGCAUGUCUGCAUGUGCCUGCAUAUGUGUAUAUAUUUUUGUUAAUAAAAUUAAAAAGUACAA